GGUUGCAGAGCAGCGCGACUCUACCAAACGUUUCCGAGGCCAAGAAUGGACCGCAUUCUUCAGAGAGCCUCAUUUUGGUGGAUUAUCGUCCUUAUGUCACUCUCAACACUCGCAGAGAGCAGGUUAGUGCACAGGCGAGGCUCCAAAUACACAACAAACUCCCACAACCCGAGCAGGAUUCACGGUAACCUCCAGCCUCAGCCGACUGCGAGCAAACCGCAACAAACCGCGGAGCUCCGUGAGAGGCCUCGCCCUGUUGUGGUCCAUUGCCACCCGGACUCGAUGCGGGUUGUGGUGCAGGCUGACAUGUUUGAUAAAGGCCUCCAGGUGGACCCCAGUCACCUGCGCCUGGGCUCAGAGGCAGAGAGUGGAGAGAGUGCAUGCAGAGCAGUCCCGACAGGAGAGGCGGAAUUCACCAUCCAGGCCCACCUGAGGGACUGUGGAACCAGACUCUCAUCGACAAAAGAGAAGAUUAUCUAUUAUAAUGUUCUGGUCUACUCACCCGAACCUUCGUCUGAUGGUUUGCUUCGACUCGAUGGAGCAACUAUUCCAGUUGAAUGCCAUUAUGAAAAGAGGUAUGCAUUGGAUGCCAUUUCGCUGCAACCCACCUGGAUCCCAUCUGUCUCUAUUAUAUCUGCAGAGGACCACAUAGACUUCAAACUGCUCCUCAUGACUGAUGAUUGGCAGUUUGAAAGGGGAUCUUAUUCUUAUUUCCUCGGUGACCCCAUUCUCUUGGAAGUUUCGGCCAUCAUUGGUAACCACAUGCCUCUGCGAGUCUAUGUUGACCAGUGCGUUGCCACAGCCACUUCUGAUGCAGAGGACACAUUAAGAUAUGACUUUAUUGAGCAUCACGGAUGUCUUGCUGAUGCUUACCUGACAAACUCUAGCUCCCGUUUCCUCCCAAGAGUUGAACAGCACAAGCUGAGGUUUCAGCUCGAAGCCUUCAUGUUCUACCAGGAGCCCAACAAUCAGGUUUACAUAACCUGCUACAUCAGGGCCGUUCCAGUCGUGUUGGCUGUCAGCUCUCGAAACAGAGCCUGCUCUUUGAUCGAAAACAGUUGGAGGUCGGUUGACGGGAACGACCAGGUAUGUAGAAGCUGCGAUCUCUCCCAUCGAAGUGAGGAGCCUCUGCCCACAGAGCGCCCAGAAACUACCAUUGGCACCAAAGCAUGGACCUCCGGGACUUCACAGGAGAGUUUAGUCCAGAACAGACCGGAACAACAACAGACAUCCAAUUACAUCUAUGUUCGACCAGGAACGCACCAGAUCCAACACAACAAACCUCAACAAUACUCUGCUAGAGUGAUGAAGAGAAGGGCAGAGCAGGGAGCAGAGCGGACUAUCCAGCUGGGACCCAUUACUGUCCUGCCAUCCAACAAAAUCGACAACAGGACCACCUGAGACUUUGUAGCACAGUGGAGACUGAGGAUAAAAAGAGAUCAUUGCUGCCUUGUGCAGGAAAAAAACAAAAUUUUGGACAAAACCCCUGUGGAUGCAGAGGUUAAUCUCGUCAUUCAUCUCUUUCCUGUGACCUUUAAUUUCCUGUCAUUUCCAGUGAUGUUCAUAUUUACUGUAUAUAUCACAAACCUUAUUCCAGUAAAUAUUUUACAUUAA